UGGUUUUGAAAUAAGAUUCAGUUUUAUCAAAAACGACCCCCCUCUGUGAUCAGCAAAUAAGGGUUUUAUUUUACCAAAAGCUAGACUCCUGCUACACAAUCUAUUUCGACUCUUUAAAUCAAGGUUAACAUGUAAAAGUUAACUAGUUCCUAAGCAGACAAAGGCAUUUGUAUCUUUUUUAGUUAUUAAUAAGUCUUUAAAAUGCUUUAUCUGAUUAAACUUUGUUUGGCAAGCACAUAAACAUCAACCAAUUGUGUAUUUUUUUCUCUUACCUUUGAAUUUACCUUAAAGGUAUUAAAUGUUUAAAUUGUUCUAUAUUAUCUCCAUUUUUAUAUCUCCAGUUCUAAAAAAGUAGGUAAAACAGACUUUGAUAAUAUGCAAACUGAAACUCUACAUUUGAUUGAAAUCAGUGCAAAGGCAACAUAUUACACAUCGAAUCCAGGGGCAUUACCCAAAGGUAUGGGCACAGAGCUAUUGCCUAUGGGUGGUUCUUCAGUUUAUCUUUGAGAGCCCCUCACAUGAAGGCCCUGUAUUUUUGAGUUCCCUUAAUUAUUGUUUUAUGAAAAAAUAUCACAUUUAAUUUCAUGGAGGAACAUCUACUUGAAAGGCUUGGAAGCUGUCGAGUACAAUUGAGUCAUAAUUUCCCUUCAGCCUAGAAAAUAAAAUUAAAAAAUCAAAGUCAAUAGAUGAAGAGGCACCGAGGCAGUGACUUUACACAGGGAGAAAACUGGGGAAUAAGCCAAAGAAUAAUGGCGCCUGCAGUCUGUCGAAACCCUUCCCAUCUUAUCACUUCCCACCCAGAUAUGAAGAGUCACCCAAUAUGGUGCUGCUUUUAAGACAAAGAGGUUGUUUUCACCUAGUAUUAAUACACCUCCUUCGUGAUCAGAUCAUAAGUGGACAGCUUUCAGGUGUACUCACCUCCUGUCCAGGGUCAUUUGUCCACAGUGGCCUGUCAGCAUAUAUGCUAAUGUAUCUACUCCACAUCUGAAUCCAGUUUAUCUCCCUCUCCCUCUAUUAAGAUUUUCUUUUUUUGUAAUUUGAUGUUUUUAAGUCUGACAAGGAUGAAUCAGGCCCUGUGUUUAUCCGCAUACAGAGCAGGAAGGUGAGAUCUGAUCACGUGGCCUCUGGAGAAGUAUUUGAGGACACAUGAUGAUGAAAAGUGAGCUGAACUUUCCACUUGUGAUCAGAUCACCCAGGAAUUAUGUGAACAGAGUGACCCAAAAACAUUUCCAUGAACCUAAUUUGGCUGAAAUACUAUCCUAAUGUCAUUUUAAGUUAUUCAAUCAUAUUUUUCAGACUGCAAAUAAAAAUAUGAGCAGCCAUAGAUUUUCUUAACUGUAAUAAAACAACAACUCAACACAAGUUUUAAUACUUUUUAUGCUUUUUUAUUACAUUUUUAUUCAUUAACUUUACAAGCACAGCCUCCCUCUAUGGUUUGAUAUGUGUACUACUGUCAGUCAGUGAUGCUUUAAAGGUAUUGUAUACAGAAAUAAGAAUGUCAAGUGGUAUCUAGUGGUCUGAUUCUAGAUCAAAACGCUUCCUUGCUUUGAUGCAUAAGUAUGAGCCUCAACUUGCCAAGUUUUUGCUGUCAAAAAUAUUGAUUGAUAGAAAGUAUUUAACAAAAACCUCUCUUAUCUCCUUUUUCAUCCCCCGGCCGGAGCAUUUUGCAUGGCAAUUCGCUAAAUACAAAAACACAUAUGUAACUGGUUUGUCCAUUCUGUGCUCCUGAGGAAACAUGACCGUGCAAGAUAGCAACCUUUGUGAAAAAGCACCUGCGUCUUAUGCGGAUAUGCAAGGCUCAUCUGAAGACAAGCAUGUAAACAGUAUAUAAGGGGAUUGUACACAUAUUUAAAUGACCUUAAAGCUCCUGUGAGGAGUUUUUGUGAUGUCUACGAAAUACACUAAAAUUUAUACUGGUUCCUUUUUGUAACAUCCAAAAGCAAACAAGACCUUCAGCCACAUGACUGAUGAUUUUAUCUUAAUAUUUAGUGCCUGAAAUUGGUGCAAGGGGAUCAGUGUAAGCUGAGCAGUUUAAGAAUAAGCCCUGUCAUUACCAUUUCUACACAAAAUCUUCACAGUAAAUGAUGUGUUUGACUGUUAAAAUGGAGGGAUUUCUAUUAUUUAUUUUUAAAGUCCUCAGGUACUUCCCUGUGCAGUAAAUAAAAAGACAAGCAAAAAUUGCUUGGGGAUGUCAAAAUCAACACAAACUUAAAGGUUCCUCAGAGGAGCUCAAAGUGUUAUUUUCCAUUCAACAAAGUCUGUCAUAAAUGCUGCUAAGUAUGGCACACUAUUUUUUCAACACACAGGAUGUUCCUGACAGAUGAGUUACUCAAAUUAAAGCUCCAGUGAGCAACUUUCUAUUCUUGUUGAGUGAAGCAUCCCCUGUGGACAAAAAGGUGCCACUGAUCUCCUUGCCAAUCUUGUUCUGUACAAGUGUGAGAACUGUUUUCUGAAUAAAAAUCUCAUCCUGGUGUUUUAACUGUCAAACUUAAUAUUUUAAAAGAAUCUUUGUUGUAAAAUUGGAUUGAAAAUAAAGUCUGUUUGAGCAGCAUAAUGUAGCUCACUUUGUCUGAUGUCCCUUUAGCAGAGGAAACAGGCCGUACAAUGUUUAAAAAAAAUGAUCAGUCUUGAUCACUGAUGGUCUUGUUUGUUUAUAAGCACCUGCGUGCAUUAACGUUUAAAAUUACUUACAGGAUCUUUAAAAUGAAUUUCUGGCAUUUGUCACACAAAAUACAAAAAAAUUAGGUGUUGUAUAAUGACAGUAUAAUGCAGUAAUGUUUUCAUUUGCUGAUUUAUUGUUUUAUUUAUUGAUUCAUUGCUGUGAUUUUGACACAAUUCAUAAGCAAUGUUUUCAAAGUGCUCAAUAGAGAUUUAAUUCCUUAUAAGUACUGACCCACUGUUGUUCAUGCUAAUGGGCAAUUUAUAUCUGAUGCAUACGAGUACCUAAAAGUGUUUGUCAGUUUAUAUAGAUGCAGCUUUAUUUAGACAAAAAAGAAAGUGAAACUGAAGGGUUACUUUUCUAAUCUCCAGGAUCUUGGCUGACACUUGUUCUGUUUGAAAACAUGUCUUCUAUCUAUGUGCUGAGGGAACAGUCAGUCUAAAACCAUCUGGUCUUAUUCUCAUCAGUCUGAGCUCAGUCAGAUGGUGACGUACCCACAACACACACCAACAUACUCUCUCUUUCCUAUAAACACUUACUGUGAUUUGCCAGUAUGUUCGUGUAGUAGCGCUGCUUGUUGGGGGUAUUUAUGAGGCAGAUCAUAUGGCAGGGCUGCUUGUCAGCUUUGAGUACAGAACAGGCGAUGAAGAUUCAUCUCCCUUGACACGCGCUGACAUAGAAAACUAUAUUUAGCUGCUGGCGUCCGUGCGUAAAAUGACGCUGGCGCAGACGCAGGAACAAUGGUUGUGGACUGAAUACUGAUUCAGAACAAGAAGAGGCAAACUGUGACACGCAGUGGAGUUUAAGGAAACAUUUUUACUCAAUGACAUUGUUGUCCUCUUAAGGAGGUUUUUAUAUACUCUCUAAUCUCAUUCAUUCUGAUCCUGGAGGACGAGAGUACCCGGAUCAUCUCCUUUUAGUGUUAAAGCCAAAGAGGUAUGUUUAUGUGCCCGCAGAUUGACAUUUAACGGUAAUUAAUACAAAAUGGAAUACUUUCACUUAAAUAAGAUAUACUUUAUGUGACCCUGACAAAACAGUUGCAGAGUUGGACCCUCAUUAAAUGACACUGAGGUCAUUUCAAACUCCUUCAAACAGAGACCAGACCCUCUGUAAAUCCAUUAAUGAACUAUUCCCCAGUAUGUCAUUAGGUCCUGCUUGUUUGCUGUAGGCUAGUCUGUGAGGAGGAGGAGGAGGGUGUAGGCCUACUGCACUUUAUGAAUAAUGAAAAAAUGACGUAAACAAUGCGGUCCUCAUUGCAGCUCGGGCUUGAGGCUGGAGGCGGGCGCAGCGAGGCGUGAUGCGGCCGUGACGUCGAUUGAGUCGGGGAUCUUUAAUCCUCUGCCGCAGCAGCAGCACAGCCGGUAACCGGAGGAGGGGGUAGCACAGUCGGACAGGAAUGGACCGCACAGGCUAGCAUAGCCUACAGCAAGGCCGAAAUAGCUCGGUCUGUAGAUAGAUGAAAAUAUCACCAAGGAAAAGCGAGAUUAGGACUAGAACGAGCCGACUCUCUGCGCAGGCCGGACCCCCUCCUCUCUGCUGCUGCCUGGAGUCCUUCGCUGACACUCUCUUCGUGUAAUAAAACGGUAGUUGAAUAUAUUGAAAAUACAAGUUGUAGCUUUAUUUGAGAGCAGAUUCGGUAUCUUUUAUCCGGCUGACGGAUCCGAAGCCUCGUCCUGCCGGUUUCCUAAACCCUUCAGCUGCUUCAUCGCGUCUCCGCUGUUCCUGUCAGCUGCUGCGCAUCAGCAAAACAUGCAGGAUGAGCCUGUGGGGGUGACAACCACGCAAUUACCCCCGUCAACAGACGAAAAGGACAGCAGCAACAGCAGCACGGUCAGCAAAUCCGUAAACCAACCGAGCCAAAGCGACAGCCAGGGCUGCCAGCUGAGCUCAUUCAGUCCGGAUUACAACCAGAACCGGGAGGCAGUCUUCGCCGAAUUCAACCCAGAGCGUUUUAUCCCAGCGCAGUCUCUCUGUGACCUUCAGCACACCCGAAAAAUACAUCAGCAGUUCAGUCAGCACACUCACUUCAGCCCCUCACAGUCGCCCCCACCCCAGGGACACUUCAGUCACCUGCCCGAGCAGUGCGCUGCCGACCCCCGCGGCUCUCCACCGGAGGAGGCUGAAGCUGAUGCUGCGUCGCCUUCGCCUACUUCCGUAAAACCAAACCGGCUCCAGAUGGACUCCCCCAUCGCACACCAUAUCAAUGGCAAUGGCAGCAGCACCGGCAACAUGUUGUCCGGAGGUCUCAGCGCCGCCUUCCCGAACCUCCCCACCCAGGAGCUGCAGAGCAGCAGCGUAGGAGGCUCAUCCUCACCUUCCCUCCCUGGGUUCGGCACCCCCUGGUCCGUCCAGACCAGCUCCUCGCCCCCUCCCGCACCUAUCAACCCCAUCCACGCCAACGCCAUCAACCAGAUGCCCAACACGGACUCUGACAACAGCUUCUACCCAGGUAUCCCCUCCUCCAUCAACCCGGCCUUCUUCCAGAGUUUUUCGCCGGUGUCAGCUAAUCCGUGCGCCGGGAUUAACGUGCAGGGCUUCAGCGGUCCUUUCUCGCCUCAGAUCAACGUCCCCCAGCAGCCGCAGAGCCGCAGGUCCCCGGUCAGCCCGCAGAUGCACCCCCAGCAGGGCGCCUUCCUGCAGCAGAGGAACAACUACAACCAACAUCAGGUGAGCUGCUGCUGCUGCAUCACAUGAGACAGACCCAGAGCUUCAUGUCUGAUUGAUCCUUGUGUAACAUGUCAGGAGGAGGUAGGCCUCAGGCAGACAGAUCUGUUCUUCUGACAUGUCUGAAUCAGGAGAGGUUUCAUUCAUCCUGUAUUUUCAGCGCAGGCCCACACUGGGGUGAUUUCAGGUUAGGGAGCGUCUGCAAAUAAUAUUCAACCCAAAAAGCGUGGUCUGUGUGUGGGAGUAUGUGCGUAAAUGCGUAUGUGUGUGUGGUUGUACAUUUUGUUCCCAAUCUUUAACAAUUGCAUUUUAUUUCUGUUCAAUAAUCCAUUUAACACGCAUGGACUGAAUCCCUUCAUUUUAAGGAUAGGGAUGGAGGGAUGGGAGGAGGGGGUGAAUAAGGGAGCAUCUCUGAAUCUGGCUGUUGUUCUCUCCUGAAGCAGCAGUGGGAUGUGGUCACAUGACUCCAGACCAUCCCUGUCUUGUGCUUCAGUCAGUGGGAACACAAAGGCUCUCAGGGUUUGCUGUCCUAAAUGGAGGCGUGUUAUUUGGGUGAAAUGAGAACAACUCGUAUCUCGGUUUGUGAGUGUGUGUUUGUUCUUGUGUGUGUGUGUAGGCAGAUUGUUAUGGCUGUGUGAUACAGAUGAGAGUACUAGUACGCCUAGAGGGGCUUUGAAAAACUGCAGUUUUUUCUUAAUUCAAAAACAUCACACAGAUUUCAUGGAACUGUUCACAAGAAAAAAUGAUAUUGAAGAUGAAGUCAGUAAGCACAUUUUGUGGAAAACUUAAUAUUAAGAUGAAUUUAAAUCCCAGCUGCUAUAUAAACAAUCUCACUAAAUGCAUUGUUGAUGUUUUUUUCUAUUUGUAGGGCAGUUUGGAUCCUAAAUUAUGGAUAAAAGUCAUAAUAACACAAAAGUAGUUAUGAUACAGUUGAAAAAUGAAGAUGUUUUUGAAAAACAAGAUAACAGCGACUACAAUUAAGGUCAGGGCCAGGGAGCGGUUGCUUUUAAUGGUUUAUUUUUCUUUUAUACAGGAAGAAAUCAGCCACCAGUUAUAUUGAAACCAACGAUUAAGAGUAAAUUCACUUAAAAUAAUCUCAAAAGCGUUACAUUAUUCUUUAGAAGUUGAGAUUUAGAGUGUCAGGACCUUCAGAUGAAACACCACCAGCUGCUGUUGUGUGUUGCGGUCAUCUUGGAGCUCGUGUGUCAGUAGCUUCAGGUUUCUCAGGUGAUUUGCAUACAGGGUGUGUAUGCCUAUGUGUGAGUGACUGGGUGUGCCUUAAAGAGCUUCUCCAUUGUCAUUGUUUUAUUGACCUUUAGCCCUGUAGUUUGCUUAUGAAUGCUUUGCAAAUAAAUUCAUCAAAAAUGAAAGGGACAGAUAUGACUUAAUCCAAAUCCUGUUAAUCCCAAAAUGCUGCAGACGUGCCUUCUUAGAUGACCCUGUACCAAGUAAAAAAUACACCCUUGUGUGUUCCUGUCACUGGAUAAAACAAAAUACAGGGUCUUUUUUUGUACUUUUCCUGUUUAAAACAUGUAAAAGGACAUCCUCUGGAUGCCUUUUCCAAUAAUGUGAAAAAGUUUCCGUUUGGAUGUCUUUUUAUUGAGUUGAGUGCCCUAUAAAUGCCCCUCCAGUAUUUUAGAUCCAGAAAUGUGUCAUUUGGAUACUUUUUCAAUUGAUAAGCCAUCAUGGAUUGUGGCCUGGAUGUCUUUCCAGUGUACAGAAUUCUAAGAGUACUUUCUGUCACACAACGUCAAAAAAAGUGCUCUCUGAAUGCCUUUCCAGUGAAUAAAACCUAAAAUAAAUAGCCUCUGAGUGCCCUUCUAGGACAAAAAAAGUUGCUUUUUGGAUGCCAUUCCAGUAAAUCCAAUUUAAAUAAGUGGUUUUCUGGAUGCCCACCUGGUGUCUAAAACAUUAAAACAAGUACGGUCUGGAAUUUAAAAAAAAAUUACGAUAGGAUCAGAUCACAGUUGUUUAAAUGUGACUGUUUUCUAACAGGGCUGAAAAUUCUUUUGCAGUUACUGUUUUCUUUUACAGUUCUGAUGAUGAGAUCUUUUUUCCAGUAUGUCACUGUAAACUAUUUGUGAAAAAGCACGAGGUUCUUUAUAUUUUCCUAUUUUGAGGAUAAAGUCAAAAUGUUGGGAACAAAUUAAGCCAGAUAUUAAGUGCCCAGCAGAAGGAGAUUUGCUUGAAUCUUAACAUGCAAAUGUCCUCUGCUCUGUAUUUUCUUGCACAUAGCCCUGGGUCUCUGGAAAUUUGAAUUUAUUCAAAUAUUUCCUGCAUUUUCAGGGAUGCAGGACAAAAAGAAAUCCUGCUUCUUCUCUCCUCCCCAUUACACACUUCUGCUGCUAUUUUCAGUGUGUGAGAAACAAAGUCAAUUGUCCUCUGUGUAAGAUUUUCACGUGAAAGCACGCAGCUUUAAGCCUGACACAAUUCAAUGUAUGAUAUGCUUAAGAGUGGACACAAGGUCCAGGUAUAGAGAGAGUGUGUGUGUGUGUAACUUACACUGGCGGUGUCGCUGCACACGGGAUACUUAGUAUUAGUCUUAAAGCCCUAAAUCUUCUUAUACACCCCUCUGGUACAGGAGCAGAUCAAGCUAGGCUGUGUGAGGAAAGAAAGGAGAGAAAGAAAUUGAGAAUAAUAUGAUGUAUAGAUAUUAAAAAUAAAAAAUAAAAAAAUAAGAAAUUGACUAACAUUUGCCUUUUUAACGUUGCAUGUUCUCCCACUCUUUGUCCUUCCUGCAGCCAAUGGUGAAACCGUCUCCCUGGGGCGGUCACCAGGGGAAUGGCUGGGGCUCUGGGGGGAUGUCUUGGGGCCGAGACCACCGCAGAGGGAGUGGCAUGGGUGUACCUGGCUCGGUGAGUCACAUCUCCCCCCUGAAGAAGCCUUUCUCCAGUAACGUCAUUGCUCCCCCCAAGUUCCCACGCUCUGCAGGAUCACUGGGGCCUAAAUCCUGGAUCGAGGAGAACAUGUUUCGCACGGACAGCAACAGCAACUCCUUGUUGCCCCUCCAGGUAAAUGUUUUGGGUUGUUACUUCACUGCUUGGUGUUGGAGGAUAAUCAGUUUAGUGUAGGUGUUUGUUUGGAAGCAGGGACAUUGUGAGAAUCAGAGGCCGUAAAGGUGGGAAAACCCAGAAACAGGGCAUAUGAUUUAGAGCUUGAACAAAGAGGAUGAUGAUGGAAAAAAUUGUGUGAGAAACUAAAAGAGAUUUCUUUCAGUCUGUUCAGAAACAAAGCUAUGUGGAGCCUUGAGUUUGUUCAUGUAAAUUAACAGGGAGUAGCAGCCACGGUUAGCAUUUCAAACAGAUGGAAGUUUGAGCUGCUUUGCUCUGCAGGCUUUACUAAAGGUGUAACAAAGUGGGGGCUGGGAGGCUUUCGCAAGGAAGCUCACUUCUUGUAGGUGAGACCUAUCUCAGCAACUAAGACUCAGUUUUUCAUGCACCAAAGCCCUCAAGAGAUCAAUUUAAUCACUCUACUCCUACAAAGUGAUGUCUAUCUAUUCUGCCUAUCUGAGGUCUGUUAAUAUGUACAGCUUUUAGCUAAUGCAUGCGGUAAACUCUAGUUGAUCCCUGUUUGGUCAUGUUUGGAUCCGAUUUCACCAGUUUUCUUUACUACAAAAUAGCCGACAUCUAUGUGAUUUAUUUUCAUGCAACCAAACAAUAUUGAAGCUUUUUUGCUUUUCUCAUGCAAUUUCAACUCUGUCCAAUUUGUUGACAUCUCAUUUCUAGUCUAGUUUUGUUUUUUAGUGGAUUUAAGAAAUGUUUUCAAUGCAGGUGGGACUAAGCUAAAAUAGCAUGUCAGUUUAUUUAGUUUAUUAGUCUACCAUAGGUGGAAAUGUAUCCACUCCCAACAGACCAGAGCUGGAGAAUAAUCCGAAUGAACUGAUCAUAAUACAGCACUAAGAGAUAAAACACAUCCAGUGUCCUUUUUUUUUUCUUAGACAGCACUAACCCUAAGUGAGGAGUGAAAGUGUCUGCAAAAAAAGGUUUCAGGGUGGAGCUAGUUUUGGUGGAGCAUUUGCACAUGGCGAGGAAAGCCCUGGAGUUAAAAUGGCUUAAUCCCAUAUAUAAACUGUAUAUAAGAAGAGGGUGUUGCCUCUGACUAUGAAAAGUAAAGCCAGUGUUAAAAUGUCUUUUAUUCUUGAUGUCCAGCAGGGAACACUCAGAACAUUCAAACGGCGGCUUUAUAAAAUCCUAAACAUGUGGCGAGAUGGGAGUCCACAGGCCAAUGAUGAGACUGUGCCGAACUCCAAGAAAGAGACAGAUUAAACAUUUCAAAAGUAUGCAAACCAAGACCAGCCUGGUUACGCAACAUAAAUCUCUGCCAACGCCUUUUAGCGUUCCGGUUGCUAGCUUGGAGACUGAUUGAUGUAGAAACAGUGAUUUUCGAGGACUCGCAAUAAGCAGACGGUCAAAAGGAUGGAUAAUUCUGUUUGAAAUAUAAGGCAAGCUUUUGAAUACUGGCUAUAUCCUGUGAGUCAGACUAUUAAAUUAUGGUUUGGAUAUGUGCAUGGCAUGCAAGCAGAAAGUACCUUGAGCCUGAGGCGUUUCUUGUUGGACAUUGUGAACUACACAAAGUAUUAUGCAGCUAUUGCCAACAGAAGUAUCUGACAAAUAAUUGCAGAAAUCAUGAUAGUUUCGGUGUAGAAUCAUAAUUUACCAUCUUUGUAGUCCCUAUAUUUAUUUGAGGUUUUAAUCCUCAAAAUGAAUCUCUCGAGCUAGUUCCUUUGUGUUCGUGGCAUUUCUUUAUAAAACAGACCAGAAAGCACAGUUUAUAAUGCGGGACACAUUCAGUUCUCAGCAGAGGUAAUAAAACUGCAAACAUAAUUAAUAACAGUGUCUGCUUUUAAUAAAUACAUGACUUCAUGUUAGGAUAAAGGGAACACUUAAAUGACUUCGGACAGAAACGAUUUUUAUCAGUGUGACUCACUCAGACCGAAAUAAUGAUAUAAUGGUGUCAGCACUUGAUUUUACUGUUUCUCUGGACUCAGAUUAUUAGUGAUAUCAGAGCCAAGAAGUACAGCACUUCCUAUUCCAGGAAACAGGCCUGACUCAGUGGAUUGUCAAUUUCCAUAAACAGCAUAGGAGCCGAAAUAUUUCAGAUUCCAGCUCUUUUCCUUCCUUCCUUUCUGUUUAAUGUUUGGCAGUCAGUGACACAUCUCUGCAGUGUCAUGUGUUUCACAUCACACAGACGUGAUCGCAGAGGAGAGGAGAGGGUAUGUUUGACUUUCAGUGACAAAACUCAGUUGUCUGCUGGGUCACUCAGUAUUUCUUUGAAUUACAUAUCAAUAAUUUCAGUGCUAAUGCACUCCAUCAAUCUGGAACACCGGAGUGAAAAAUGGUUAUAGAUCUACCUUCUUUCCUAGAGUGUUCCCAAUAUUUUCAGUAAAAAAAAAAAAACAGUGCAAUUUCUAUUUAGAUGUGUGAUACCCAAGCUUUUUUCACUUCUUUUCUGAAUAUAUUUUGCCAAACAGUGAACGGAAACAUUUAGAAGAAGAGUUAACAUGCAGAAGAAAAGCAGAGGCUGGGAGUCAAACCAGCAUUUUAGCAGACUAGGCCCUAUUUACAAGCUCCCUGUCCCAUUUAGUUAAACCUCUGACACGCUGACCAAAUGAGACCAAAUAAGCCUCUGAACCUUUUUCACAGUGUUUGGAGAAAGAUAUUACCAAAGUCAAAUGCUCCAGAUGCUCCCCAAUUACUCCUGGGCCAUUCCUAACAUUAACUCUUCUUUGGUGAUAAUGGUGACAUGUAUCCCACCACACACCAGGUAGCCCUUAAAACCCUUGAGCAUUUCUUGAAGGCCCACACCACCCAGCAGGGUAACAAACUGUUAGGAAGAAGUCCUUUUUAAAGCCACAGUCAGUACAUUCAAAUGUUUUUGAAAAACUUGAUUUUGUCCGACUGAAGGUGGACAGUUAAGAUACAUGUGAAUGCAUGAGUCUGGCUGAAAUCGCAUUAAAUGAAAUUUCUCAUAGUCCGACUAACGAAGCACAGGUCACACAUCAGGCUUUGACCCAGAAAUUAAACAGCAUAGAUGCAUUGUAGGAAACUGUGUGGAAAACAAAACUUAAAAAGAGAGAGAAUGGAUGUAAAAAAUAAAAAAAAAGACAAACGGUCAUGUCAUGCACACGAGUACAGAGCUGUAAAGUUAUUGGUGUUUUCAGCAUAUGACAAACAUUCAUUGACCUCCUGCUAAUGUGUUUGUUGAUUAGUAGGCUGAUUUGUUGACUCUAAGUAGUCACAUCAGUGUAUUUCAGUGGUAAUGUUAUUGGUAAUGUGGACCCCUCUGGUGUUCAACCUCUGUAAGAUGCAGCAGUAGGUUUUUCUGAACAGAAAACAUGGCUGAACACUGUAAUGUACACUGGGUUGUGUUGCUCAAAGGUUUACAUACAUGUCUCUGUUGAUUCGAUAAAACUCCUGAGACAAACAACAAAGAAGAGAACCACAUACCUCAGAGCAUGAUCAUGCACACGGUCUCUGAGAACAUGUUGUUCAAUUUGUCAAUCAAAGUGCUGCAGAUUUAUUAAUACUGGUUUUAACAAAGAAGAAGUUACAUUGCAUUGGAUAAAAAAAAACUGUUGUUCUGUGGUAUCAAUUAUUUUUUUCAGCGAUUGAACUAGAAACCUAUAGCAUACCAUAGAUCUUCUACAAGAUGUUUAAAUAUUCAUGUAGCGUUUGUUCAUGCUGGGGAUUCAACACAAAAAAGGAAAGAGAUCUAGAGGACAAAUAAAGGAAUAAUUAAGACUACAAGUAACUUUCAAAUGUACUUAAUAUCCAAAAGAAAAAGUGAAAUCAGAGCAGGGGUUGUGAUUAAAGUAUGAAGACUUCAGCCAUGAGGAUUCUUCGUUUGACAGCAGUAUGCGCUAUCUGCGCACACUGAUGCCAACUUUACAGUUAGUACAUGAACCUGCUCAGUUAACAUGAGCCGUGGUUAAAGCUCGAUUGGGCGAAUUUACUGGGUUCAACUUUUAAAAUAGUUGUUCCUUGAUGUUGAGAAAUAAAGAAUGAGUUGGGAAACUGAGCUAAUUGCCUUUUGUGACCCAAUAUGCACAGAUUUGUUUCUCAGGUUCAAAUGUUAAACCUAGAACCAACUGCUAGCUGCACGAAAAACUAGAUUUCUGUCUCCGAGGAUAAAAAGUUUUUAUCAGAUCACUACUGAUAGGAGCUGGGAUGUUAUUAAUCCCAACUCCCAGAGUCUGCAUUUUUAUGUUGAAUCUGUAAAUAAAGAACCAGUAACAGAAAGUAGACCCCAUGCUUUUGUUGUUUUCAUGCUGCACAAAGUAGAUAAAAUGUAAACCUUGAUUUUUACUCGAAGAAAGGACUUUCUUUGUUGUCCUUUUGUGCAUCUGAGUGUGGUAAAUAUCUCAAACUUAAGUUGUAUGUUUUGCACAUCACAAAGAGGGUGAAAGUUAUGGGACAGAGCCCAGCUUCCUGAUAAACUUACCAUAUUAGCUCUGACCCUGCUACACUAACGCUAAUUUACAGAGGUAAUAAAACUCUUAAUUCUGUGUUUUAUUAACUACUUUUCCUGUUGUAUUCAACCAAAAAAAUAAACCUUCAACCUGUCACGGUCUAGAGAGAAAGAACUGACCUUUCCACUGGCAUUAUGAUGAUCAGGUGCACAAUGGGAGUCGCCCAGUGUUGACUAAUGAAGUAAUUCUGGUCAUGAAUAAAUAAAAGGCCUAAUAAUGCCUUUUCUCAUGCAGCUCUUCAGACAGGAGGUGUAUCUCCAGAAGCUUUACCACAGAGUUAAGAAUCAGGAGAAUGAAACACAACAGAUAAAUUAAAACCAAUGCAAACAUUGCAUGAUAAAAGAGACGGCAAACAGCAGUGAAAGCUUAACAAUAAAAUAUGUAAAUGAUGAGAGUGAACCAAAGAGGAGUGACAGUUAGUUAAAGGCAUUGUUGAGCAAACACAUUUUAACUGACAGCCUGGGGAAAUGAGUUCAUAGAAUUUGUAUUUGGACAACCAGCUGAAGGAUUAUACAACAACAAAGAAUUGGGGAUGUAGGUCACUUCCACAAAACCAUUAGGAGCUUUGUAAACUAGUGCAAUAAUCCUGCCAAUGAUGCCUUUAAUUGUGGAUUGUGUAAAGUUAAAUCAUCUCAAACAAGCGUCACUUCAGGUUGGCUGAAACUGACUGAUGUAAUCCUUUCUCACAUGAAAUGUCGGCUCACCCGGACUCGACAGACUUUCACUAAGGUGCUGGUGGAAAAAAUUAGGCUUAGAGUCAAAGGGAACACAUGCACAGGAUCUAGACAAUAACCGGAAAUAUUAAGGCGUGCAGGGCUGUAUGCCUUUUUGGUUUCUCUUGGUUUCCUGUUUGUUGUUUUCCAGUCACUAAAUGGGUCUAAAUUUAGUGAUACUAACAGUGACCUUGAUUAUAGUAGAGUUGUUCUUCUUGAAAUGCGUUUUCCAAAAAUUGAUAACACACAUCACUCAGACAGUCAUUGUGUAAGAUCAUAGACUGCAUUAAACAUGAACAUAGUCUAAAGGUUGUCACAGGUUCGUAGUUCGGGGCAGUAUUUACACCCAAGUUACACUUCUUCUAGAAAUUGUGGUUUUAGGUAGUAUCAGAGGCAAAAUGAGCGGAAGACUGAGGCAGUGUAUUGCUUCUGAGUUGACAGGGCAGAACAGCUGUGUGUGUGUGUGUGUGUGUGUGUGUGUGUGUGUGUGUGUGUGUGUGUGUGUGUGCGUGUGUGUGUGUAUAUGUGUGCAAGUGUAUGUGGUACCACCAGUGUGUGUUUACCCCUGUAAAACAAGUUAAUCCAAAGACAUUAUGAUUCACACAGAUCCACAAAUCACUUUGUAUCUACAAAGGCCAUCUGCUCUCGCUCUAGUUGUCUUUCUGUCUUUCUCAAACAAACUGUGUUCAAACCCAGUAUGCCUCCAUCAGAACACCAACUUCUACAAAUCAAUUGAGCAGGGAUGGGAAUCACAAUACUACUACAAUAUUAUCACAAUACUUGGGCCACGACAUGAUAUAAUUGUGAUUUUUAACAUUUUGUGAUACAGUAAGUAUUGCUAUACAAUAUAUUGUGAUGUAUGCCAUGUUUUCAACUGUUUAGCUAAUUUAGCAUUUGUCUUUUCUCUGUUUGUCUUAUUUACGCUGUAUUUUAUUUUCAUGUAGCACAUCUUGCAAACCUAAUAUAUAUUUGUUGUGCUAACUUUCUCCUGCUCUAUGAUGUCACCUUUGAUCCGAUAUAUCAUCAGACAAAAUAUCACAAUACUAUGCUGUAUAAAUUUUUUCUCCCACCCUUACAAUUCAAUGAAGAAGUUCAAACAUUUGAUGGUUCAAAACCACCUACAUAGAAGCUAAAGAUUUUGGUACCUUAUUUUCAGAUUUAAAAAAAAAAACACGUUAAAAGUUCAUGAAAAGCUGAUAAUUAAUGAUAACAGCUCUAGUGAAUACAAAGGUUCGGUGAUAAACUUCCGCUGUUGCAGCAGUGAGGUGUGUAAAGGGGCUUCGGUGACACCCCCCACAUGUUUAAUAAAAGCACUAUUCAUCCAAAGGUUUCAACAGUUGAUGACUUGGAAAUGCGAACUCCAUGUAACUUUAGGUGAAUCUUGAAACAGGCAAAGAGGUGAAGCUGAUGCCAUAGAAAAGCCACCUGGGAAAUAGCUGCAAUUCAGGGCCUGUUUAUGUGGCAUUUGCGAGAAUAAAUGGCUUAUACUCUCCCUCCUUGUGAGAAUCUGAGCUCUGAUAUGAUUAUGAUCUCUGAAUGGAUUGUUAUGAAAGAGCAGUGAAAAUAGCAUUACUGUAUUCUAAUCUGCUUGUGAGAAAUACAAGAACAAGCUGUUCAGCAUCUCACUGAGAAAGGAGCAGCAGACCUUUGCAGAGUCUCUUGAACUAUCUCACAGAUCAGCUGAUAAUCUCAUAACCUUCCUCUCAUCUCUUCAGCUCCUGCCUUUGGUUUCCAUUCUCUUUCAGUCGGCCUGUUUCUGGGAAAAGGUCCUUAGAUCUUUCCCAGAUUUAACUCUAUAGGCAGCUCAGGAAUAUACCAUCAGACUUAUGAAGUGCAUAAAUAUGGAAAGAAUGUUAAUCCAAGAGUGAGCUACCUGUUCUCUAUAAUCUCUUACAUAUUAAGCCAAAUACCCACACUUCAGAGGCUUUGUUAUGUAUAAGCCAGAUCACUGAAGUGUGUGAGAAACGUGCAGAAUUAGGCAUGCAUCAUGAUUUGUUUUCUCAGCCCUGACUCCUCAUGAUAUAAAAACCUCGGUGUGUUUUCAGGACCGCUCCAGAAUGUACGACAGCCUGAACAUGCACUCCCUGGAGAGCUCUCUGAUCGACAUCAUGCGAGCUGAGCAGGAUCCGAUGAAAGGUAAGACGGCCUUUUCCUUUCUAACUGCGUUUGCGGGGGUCAAAGGGAGGCGAUCGGGUUCGGGUUUAGCGGCAUGACAUCGGUGCAGGGAAGUGGCAGGUCCAUAGCUCCCAGAGCUGUGUUGUUUUUCCAGUCACCAGCUUAUUUUCUCCCCACUGAGAGCUUAAUACUUCUGCCACCAGCUGCGCAUUUACAUUAUGCUACUUAAGCUGAACGAAACCUAGAGCUAAGGAGAGAGGGAAAGAAAUGAUCAAUGCUGUGAAAAUGUUUACUUUAUUGCAGUGUUUUUACAAAGAUCAGACUGAGCAAACAUAUCUGGAUUUUUUUUUAAACUUGGGGAUUUGUCAAUUUGCCAGGGUAUCUUUGAAUGAUACAUCGUGGUUUUGGCAGUUGUGUGGCGAGAGUGCACUGUUGUGGCUCGGCCUCCUGGGCUCAGCUGCUGGACAUCAGAGGAGCAGUGUCAAAUAACCCCCCACCCCCCCAUCGAGCUGGCUGUGAGUAGCUCAUUUACAGCCUCACAGGAAGGCACUUAAAUUUUCACAGUAAUAUAUGAUCCAGAAAUAACGACGCUGGUAAAAUUACACCAUGAAGCUCCUCAACUCAGUAGCAUUUCAUUGGUUUACUAGACUUCAUUAAGGCCCUUUUGAAACCUCAGGACUCAGCCCGCACCUUUCUUCACUUGGGCGAGUGUCUUGUUUUUCCUGCCCAAGCAGAUGGAGAGGACAUGGGCCAGUGUGCACAGCAGAGAGAGGGGGGAUCUGGACUAAUUUUAGAUGUGAUUACACUUUCACACACUGUGCAUGACAGCCAAGAGAGGAGACGAGAGGGAAGGAGGGGUUGCAGGGGUGCAGGGCUCUGCCAUUUAUAGCAGAGCUGCAGCUAACAAAACAGUGCUGCAGUGCAAAAUAGAAAAAAUGCCCAAAGCUGAUUUACAUACUGAUGUAUACAAUUCAAUAUUAGUGGCUUUUUUGAUGUAGGCUGUGCCCAUCUUUAGGUAGCACAUAAUAGUGUUAUAUAGAAAUUCAAAGAGGAAACAAACACUUCAGGGCUUUCCCACAGUAUUGGUUAAUUCUCUCCCUGUAGAAGAUCAGUACAUGGGCUGUAGUACUUUUGUUUAUUAAGAAAAACUUGCUUUUUUUUCUAAUUUUCCUGGACAUACAGCCACGUUAAAACUGGGAGGUUAUUUUAUUCAUGAGUAUAUUUUAAUACUUAUUGUUGUCAGAAAAAAGUUGCUCCAACAUUUUAGAACACUGGUUAAAAGUGCCAUCUAUUGAUCCAAUUAAUCAGCCAACAUAUUAACUGGUCAAUUUCUGAUGUAAAAAUCAACCAAAUAGCUGCAGUGAUGAUUUUAAAAGAAGAAAAAGAAAAUUUUAUAGCAGGCUGACUAGUGUUAGUCUUGUUAAAAAAAAAAAGAAUCUAGUUUGUUUCUCAUUGGAGAGGUCAGUCUAUGAACAUCAGUAUAGUCAGGGUCACACCUACGGUUUUUACUACUGGGGUGGUCCAGCUCUGACUUAUUCAGGGGUGGCAUGAACUUUUUACCGUAGAUGACAAAAUUGCAUAAAUAUACCCUAAAAAUUAGAGAGAUUAAAUAUUCCCCUUUUCCAUUCUGUAAAACUUUGAUAAUCCACACAAGAGUGACAACAUCAGUCUUUGAGUACUUUAAAAGCGCUCUGUGACUUAAAAUGUAUCAUAUCUAUUAUCUCCACUUUAAUUUGUUAAAGCUAUGACCAAAAGGACUUGAAAUUUGUCUCUUUGUAAUUUUAAACCACUUGCCAGUGAUGCAACACCACCUACACUGUAGUGGUGAUUUUACAUAAGCUCCGCUUUUAGCGAGGCAAAUGAGAAACUAAACUCUGUGACCCUGCUGUGGCAUCAGAGGAGCCAAUGUGAUCGUGAGGAGGGCCAUGCCACCCCUGACCUUCUCUGUGGACACUCCCCUGAGUAUAGUCCCAAAACUAAGCUCUCAAAUGUUUAACUCUUUUACAUCACAAUCUGGCAAUCUUUAUUGAAUGAUUCAUCAGCGACCAGUUUUAUCCUGAUUCAAACUUAUUUUUAUUCGUUUUAAAAUUAACUUUACCAAUAACAAAUGAUAUAAAAAUUUAGAUUUUGUAGUUUUUUUUUUAUUCAAAUGUCUUGAAUAACUCUGCAUCUGUCUCAUUUGUUGCUGAUUAUUUGUUGAGAAAUACAGGGUUUUGCAGUGUUGUAUCAUUAACCAGAAUAACCUUCAUUUUACAAUCAUAAAGCAUUAUCUCUCUGGAUGCACAGCUCAUGAUUCAGUCAGUUACACAAUCAUAAGUCACAACAUUUCAGUCUGAUUCCUCGAGCUAAAAAAGAAAUGAUGGUUUUUAUAAAAACAAACCAAGCGUUUCAUUCUGCUGACCCUCCUUCCUCUGUUUACCAUCAUCAUCAGGGAUAAGGAGAGCUUUGUCUCUUUGUGUUUGUCACUGCAGACAUGUGAGAGGAUGCAGUAACACAUUCACAAGCAGGGAGUAGGGAGUUUAAUAUGUCUGUGCCUGAGUGUGUGUGUGUGUGUGUGUGUGUGUGUGUGUGCGUGCGUGCGUGCGUGCGUGUUUUUGCUCCCAUGUACACACACACUGGCCUCGCCCUGGCCUCUCCAUCUGCUCUGUGUCUCAUCCCUUUCCGUGUGUGUGUGUGUGUGUGUGUGUGUGUGUGUGUGUGUGUGUGUGUGUGUGUGUGUGUGUGUGUGUGUGUGUGUGUGUGUGUGUGUCUAUUUCCCAUAUCAGGCCGUGUGGGAUGCCCUAACCCCGGGGCUGACGGCCUGCUCAUGCUCAAUGGUAAUUAUCUCUCAGCAUCAUCUCCCUCUGUUGUCCAGUGUUGUUCAAAUGUUCAGUGUUUCCAUCCAGCUGUUUUCCUCCACACUCUCAGUUUGUUCUCAGAGGAACAACAGAAACAUGAGACGAUUUUUCUCGUGAUUUUUCCUCAUUAGGCACAAUCUCAGACUCACUGUGGCACAAUUGGGUCACACCAGGUGACAUUUGAAUAAAUUAUACAUUGUGAUUGUAUUUUCACAUUUAAUUUUUAUAUGUGGCUUCACUUGCAUUUUUGUCUUGUGGAUACCUUGGGAUUUAUUAGUCUUUUUAUUUUUGGUGUAUGUGUAGACCAUAAGAAGACCAGAGAUCACCUUUGGAAGCUAACAGAGAUCCUACUAAAGAAAAAUUCAAAGGAAAGCAAACAAGUAGCUGGUUCCAAAGCCACCAGACACCUGGGCUGCAACUAGUGACCAUUUUUAUAGUUGAUUAGCCAUUGACUGUUAAAAUGACUAAUUACCAAGGCCAACAGAAUCACAGACUGCAGUUUUUGAGCAGCGAUUUUUGGCGAGCACUCUUCUUAGCUUCUGUAACUAUCAAUUAUUAUUGUUAUUCAGCAAAAUUUUGUUUCAGCUAUUUACAGGUAGUGUGGAUGCAAAUUGGUUUUAGUUAGUAGCUUGGUUGCUAUGGUUACAUGAUAAGAGUCGGUGGCACUGUCAAGUGGGUAGGACAAGAUGAAGUAAAGAGUAAAAAAUACAAUUCAUAUUUUGUACAUUUUUAAAGGUGAGAGGCUAAAAAUCUGAGUUACAUUAAAUCCAAUAACCUUUUUUUGUGGCUGUCAAAUGAAGCAGUCUGCUGGAGUGAUACCAAAUGCUAUUGCCAUAACAGUCACUCACAUGAUAGGCUUGUUUGCUUUUCCAAACUAAGUCACCUGAGGACUUUAAAGGCACCACAAACAGGACUGAGUUACACGGACUGUUAAAAUGUAAAUUAUCAGCACCACACAAAUCAAGCAGAUCUCUGUGCACUCUUUUUUUUGAGUCGAACACUAGACCAGACAUCAUGAUGGCGUCAAAAAUAUAAUCUUGUUCUAUAACUGUCUCAAUAGGACAGGAAUCUGGGUUAGACAGCAUUUGUGGAUAACUGUGAUCAUGCUUUUUAUUGUUUCUGAAGCCUGUGUUUUCCUCCUGAGACCCAGCAAUCACAAAAUCAUUUUUGGCCCUGUGUUUGAGGCAGAUUUAGGCUUAUGUCUCCAAGGCCAAACAUGCAGCUGCAAUGAGCCGCCUUGUUGUCCCUGACAGAGGACACUGAGGGCUUUUCGAUGAUGUGAUGAUGUAACAUAUGUAUUAUUUUCUGGUUUUCCAGAAAUGGCCUUCAUCAGAUCUGAAUCAGUUAAUGGAAAAGUGAAGUACAGUUGUUAAUGUGGGAUAAAUGAUCAUUGCUGUCAAUCUGGGAACUGUUCAUGAGUCAUUUGUGGAGAUUUGGGGGAUUUUUAAAUCUUGUAUGUUUUGAUGUCCAGUAAGUUACAUUUAAUUGUUAAGCUUUUUUGUAGGUUGAUGUCUUAAGUCAAGUUUGUAGAUUCAAUUAAGGUUGGAUAUAAAUUUCUUUUGGAGUGUCUGCACAGCUGAAACUUGAAUUUCUUACUUUUCUACAUGCAGCCAGGAGCUAUGGGAGACGUCGAGGUAACCUUUUCACGACACGCCUGUUUCCUUGUGGCUUCUUGUGGCAUGCUGUAGUGCUUGAAUGGAAACCAAACUGAGGCUGAAACUAAAGCAAAUUUAGUUUCUAAAUUCAAGAACACGGCUGUUUACUUUCUCAUAUUUUUGUUUCGUCAUGCCAUUGAGAAGUAUUAAUGUCGUCUGAAAUUGUUUUUGACUAUCAACAAUAAAAGCAAGAAAGAUGUAGAAGCUUAAAAAUGCAUGUUAUUUCUUUUUGUUGUUGUUGUUUCUGCAGAAACGCAUGAUAAAAGAGGUUUCAGGUUUUUUUGAGUUUAUUAAAAAUGGAUCUUAAUAUGUGAGAUAAACAACAUGGCAAACCUUCUCAAAACCCUGGGGAAAUUUCCCAAAAUCCCCUGAAAUCUUAAGUUCCUGUGAAACCUCAGUAUCCUGGAAAACUUGCACAAUCUUAAUGUGAAUGAGGACUUUAUCCCUGUGAAAAAAAGGAUAAAAUCUUCAUUUAGGUCAAAGGUAUCAUGAAUUUAAUCACAGAUGUGGUCCUCUUGUUACAGAAAGUAAUUUGUUUAUGGUUGUAUUGAGUCUGAUGUGAGCCAGUUAACGUAGCAGCAGAGAUCCUUGGGAGCUAUUUGUUAUAAUGCAGACCAUUAGUCCUAAGAAACAGUCAGCUAUGACACUCUCGUCCAGUGUUACUCACAUCCCUCCGAAGUCAGAAUUAUGGAACAAAAAUAACAUGAAGAGUAUUUUUAAAAUGACUUGACCUUUGAGUUGUGGAACAUUUUAUUUGACUAUUACCCAAUCAUUUGCCUCAUUUAAGUUCUCUGGACUGCUGUGCAUCGUGAAUUAGCACCAUUGCUGUACACACACUGCUCUCCACGCUUGCUUUACCCGCCACACUACUCAGGGCUCAGCACACGAUUUCUCACUGUAACCUUGUGCUUGUCUCACAGUCACUAGGCUUUAAGCUGCAAUAAAAGCAGAGACAUUGUUUUAUUACAUGAACAGCAUCUCUUGUGUCCUUGUCAUGGCAGAAAAUUACAGUCCCAUGAAACUGAGGCAGAUAUGAAGGACUUCAGGCAUUAAUGUGUCUCUGCUGCUGUUGUGUGUUUGUGCAUCUCCACUAUAAUCAGUGAUCUAAAUGUUUUUUUUGGUUUUUUUUCCCCUUAGGGCGAUCCUCCCUCUUUCCCAUUGAUGACAAUCUCCUUGACGACGGCCAUGGCAAUCAGGGUGUCCCUGGAGUCCUCGGCUCCCCCAACUGUUACCCCCACCAGAACGGGGAACGCAUCGAGCGGUUCUCCCGUAAGGUGUUUGUGGGCGGGUUACCACCUGACAUAGAUGAAGGUGAGGAAGACUACACCACUGUCUUUCAGCAUGAAUCCACUCGUCUUUUCUUUCUUUUUAAAAAAGUCUUUAUUCCCUCUUAUUUCCUCUUUUUUUCAUCUACUUUUCCUCAGAUGAAAUAACAUCAAGCUUUCGCCGCUUUGGUCACCUGGUGGUGGACUGGCCUCACAAAGCAGAGAGCAAAUCCUACUUUCCACCUAAAGGUACUGUCAAAAGCAACAAGCAUCUCCUGUAUAGCCGUCAUAAAUCUGAGUCUGUUUUAUUUUCCUAUCAUACUGCCUUACCCUUUGCAAAAUUAAAAAAUAAAUAAAUAAAUCAGUGUCAAGUCAAUAGGAGAACACUGCAGAAAAGUUAAGAAAAUUCACUGCAAGCUAGCAGGGACGCUUAUAUGUGAGGCUGGUGCAAACACAGAAUAUGGACCCAAAACAGGAUCAGUCAAAACAUCUGAGUUUAAAGAGGGAGGAUCGUGUUGACAUCCGCGUGCCCACCUGUAUUGAUAUAAAUGCAUUAACUGUCAUCAUAGCAUCAGUCUCUGCUGCUUUGUCAACUGUCAUGUUGUAAACAUUACACUGCAACAUUCACUGCAGGCUUUUGAUGUCGCCUCCUGUUUCUUUAGACCCAUCCCUCAACUUUAAGAGGCCGACCUUUUGAAGAUUUCCAUCAAUUUUAUAAAUACAUGUGUGAAAGAGGUUUGAGCCUGUGGAUAACUGUGUCUGUUUCCAGGAUACGCGUUCCUGCUGUUCCAGGAGGAGACCUCUGUUCAGGCCCUGAUAGAAGCCUGCAUGGAGGAGGACGGGAAACUCUAUCUGUGUGUCUCCAGCCCAACCAUCAAGGAUAAACCUGUGAGUUUAGCAACGUCUUUAAAACACAGUGCUGCCCUUUGACUGUAGUUUUUCAACCAAAGCGAGUGGACUUUAGAGUGAAAUUUGACUUUGACUCUAGGUACAAAUACGCCCGUGGAACCUGAGCGACAGUGACUUUGUGAUGGACGGAUCUCAGCCACUCGAUCCCCGCAAGACCAUCUUUGUAGGAGGAGUCCCUCGUCCCCUGAGAGCAAGUAAGUGCACAAUCUUUGUUUGAUGUGAAACUAUUUCACAUCCGUUUGUUAUUUAGGAAGAAGUGCUGACUCAGACUUACGGAAAUCUUCUUUACAAACAGACUCUGUAACCUGCUACAGAGCUUCAUUCUUCAACAUCGCCUUUUCUUUGCUCUGUCACUCAUGUUGGUAUUCUCUGUCUUUCAACUCUCUGUACAGUUGAGCUGGCUAUGAUUAUGGAUCGUCUGUAUGGUGGAGUUUGCUACGCAGGAAUUGACACUGAUCCAGAGCUCAAGUACCCAAAGGGGGCGGGACGAGUGGCCUUCUCCAAUCAGCAGAGCUACAUCGCUGCCAUCAGCGCCAGAUUUGUCCAGCUGCAGCACGGAGACAUUGAUAAGCGGGUACAGCCUCCAUAUCACUAACUACUCCAAAGUCUCUUAUCUUGUUUGUAAAUGUUCAUUAUAUCCUCUAGUCCUGUAAAGUGGAAAUGGAUUUCCUAAACAAGUUAAAGGCCCAUUUCCCCCAAAAAAGUACACUCAAACUCAGCCGAGUUCUGCUGUGUUUUUAAGGUUUAUGUCCAGAAAUCUAGUUUGAAGAAGAAAAAACACAAGGAAAGGGGGCACAGACUCACCUGCAGGGGGCAAAUAGCCCUAUGGUAUACCUAGCAUAAAGCAUCUGGCGGAUGCAUUGCAGGUGUCAGUGUAUGUGUGGGGCUGAUCCUGGGAUGCCAGAGGACCAACACAGGCCACAAACCACACCCUGAGACUUCACUAAGCUUUAGUGUGUGCGAUCCCCUACAAACAUGUAGCUAAAGACACACAAACACAUGCUCACACAUAGCUACAGAAGUUUUUUUGGACAAUAAUAAUAAAGAUUGAAAAGUAUCCAUUACGCACACAUUAUAAAGUACUUUCACGUGAUCAGUAGCAGCCUGCCUUUCUUUGAUGUGAAUUGCAUGGCUCAUUGGUCAUUAGUAGAUCCUGUCUGGUAUACUGUUGGUAAGUCCCAAGUUUAAGAUAAUUAAUGAAGUUGCUCUGCUGUGCCUCAUGAGCAGAUGUGAAAGUCUGUUUAUUUGGAAAGUCCCUGAUUGUUUGGCUGUACAGAGAGAUUGUUUCAGUGAAGGCAUGAAUCAAAAUAAUUAGCUUAACAUGAUGACUCCAGAAAAAGUAGAAAGGUUGACAUCUUCUGUGUGAAUGGGAGCAAACCUGUCUGCAGGCAUACCUGACUCCUACAGCCAAAGAGAGAAGACAAACGGAUUGAUUUGAGUCAUGUUACUCUUAACAUCUAACCAUUUUGUGCACUGAGCCUCACUUAAUACCCAGAUUUUUCAAUGAUUAACCAGCAAAAUGUGGUCAAAUGGCCUGAUUCGCUUUGCACCAUGUGCUGUUCGACUGUGAACUUGUUGUGUUUUUGAUCUGUGUUAGGGUUGCACAAAGAACACAUGGAUUCAUUUGUUUCUUGAUGAAACAUGAAUGAUAGAAGCUUCACUUUGCAUCUGUUAGCAAUGUUCAUAGAGGUCGACUUUGGGAAUAAAUCCCUUCUUUUGCGUUUUCUUGUCUUUGCUAAGGGAUUUGUGGAGCUACAUUUGCUACAAAGGAAGAGAAAAGAGAGACAUUACAAAUUGGCUGUAACCAUGGCUCUUUAUUGUCAGUUGUUGAUCCAUAGGGGUUCAUUUAUCAACAAAAACAACCUCACAUUCAGAAAUGACAUUAAUAAGUCAUUAUUGCAAUCAUAGACUUUAUAUAGAAUAGACAGCAUCCGUCUCCUCGCUGGGUGAAGCCACCAUGAGAACAGCACCCUCUGGUGACGGGCUACAGUAUAGGUCAUAAAUCCCACCACCCCCAGCAAUCCCUAUGGAGCUGUGGACAAACUUUAGGAAUUUAUCACACAAAAUAUAAAUGUUUUUCCCCCCUGGUUGUGAUGUUGACAUGUAGUUAUUGUAAGACUGGUUUGUGCUCAAGUCCUCGUUUUUUCUGUACAGCUCCGUUUUUAAAAGUUAUUAGGGUGUUCAUGUCUUCUACGAUUGAUAUUUGAGACAGUCUAUGGGCGUAGGAAGACUGCGUAGCUCACCCGUGGGAUACGCUGUUUGAGCUGAGCGUCAUCACAGUGACUCUCCCACCAAAUGUGUAUAACGUUACCGCAAAAGGAAGUGGAGAAAAUCCCGAAAAUACUGAGAGAAAUUCGGCUUCAAAGUCGUAUAACGACGGAAGGCGGAGCCAGGUUGUCCAUGGUAUAUACAGUCUAUGAUUGCAAUACUUUAAGUCUUUGAGUUGUGAGCAAAGCUAGAGGUCAUUUAUUGUUAAUGUGAGUGUGAGUGUGUGUGUGAGAAAUGUGAGUGUGUGAGUGUCAUGAGCAUCACCAGAGACAAAGCAGUUUGUUGCUAUGGUGAUGGGAAAGCUUAUUAGGCCUGAUUGAAUUAGCUUCGCUCCCAGUCUCUGCUGCUAUGAGCCUUUCAUGAACACACAUGACCAAACCCUGCAUGUAUUCACGCUCUCUCCUCUUUUGUGUGCGUGCAGGUGGAGGUGAAGCCGUAUGUCCUGGAUGAUCAGCUGUGCGACGAGUGUCAGGGUGCACGCUGUGGAGGGAAGUUUGCUCCUUUUUUCUGCGCUAACGUCACCUGUCUGCAGUACUACUGCGAGUUCUGCUGGGCCAACAUCCACUCCCGUGCAGGCAGAGAGUUUCACAAGCCGCUGGUUAAAGAGGGAGCCGACCGCCCGCGCCAGAUCCACUUCCGCUGGAACUGAAAACGCGACCACAUCCACGGUGAUACAGUCUGAGGGAAGGGAAAGGAAACACUGGCUCACAAGAAGAGCAUCGCUCUGCCUCUCCUGCUCUCCUAAGCUAUCAGUAUAAUCCAGUACGUAACACUAAACAGUAUAUACUCUAUAUAUCUAUAUAUCUUUUGUAGCAGCCAAACACCACAAGCCUCAGUUUUUCACCAAAACCCCCUCACAUCUCAGGCUCUGACAACUCUACAACUCUUUUGUGGUACUUUCAUCUUUUCUAAGAGGAGAUUUAAAAAAAAGAAAAAGAGAUAGAUUUUUGUAGGUUUUUUUAUUAUUAUUAUUUUUGUAUGUGAGAUUUAAAGUAGAUAUGGGAAUGUUUUUGCAUGGGGGCAGCUUGUCUGUCUGUCUGCUGCUAGCCACCCUACAGUGCGUGUAGUGCACACUUGUUUCUGGGAAAAUCUUGAUUCUCUAAUGUUGACUACGCCUGCCCCAGGUCAUUAACCAAAGGUAGCAAAAAAAAAAAGAUAGGAAACAUAAAAUUGACACACUUUCUGCCGCUAAACAAACGGUUGUUUUCUAAUGUUGCCAUGGGCUCUUUCUUCUUUUUAGAGGGUUUAUUAUUAAAAAGAUGAUAGGGUUAUUUCUGCGCUCAUACAGACCCAUUGAGUGAUACCUCAAAAUACUGAAUCUGGUUUCUGCUAUUCAACAUUUAUACUUAACAAGCUAUUUUAGAAGCUUUGCUGCUAUAUAUACAUAUAUCAGAAUAAAUGUGUAGGUAUUAUAUUAAAUGCCAUUUAUAAACCAGAAUCAUGUGAAAUGAAAUGCAGUAUGCACUCAACCACUAUUGGCCCCCAUUGCCAUGGAAAGUGCAUGUAAUGAAAAUAGGCUUAGCUACACAAAUAGCAUGCAGGAUAGAUGUGUGAGAGAAAAAAAAUAAAAACAAACCACUGAAAUCAUAAAUUUAAGACAAAAUUUUAGUGAGUAGCAUGAUCAUCUAUUAAAAAUUGCCUAAGAGGGAAAAAUCUGACAAAUAAGUAAAAAAAGACGUAUUUAAACUUGCAUGCAUUGAUGUUUCUCCGUCGUUUGAUGCGUUUACAUACUUAACGAUUAAAAAAAAGUGAUAUUGGUUCUUCUGUAGACUAAGCAGAUGCCAUCUUUUUGUGACACGAUGGCUCGUAUGGCGAAAAAAACUCCUGUCGAGAAGCAGAGUGGUGUUCAGUGGUUUGUGUUGGUGUCGUCCCCGUGUUGUGUGACUGUUUUUAGUGUAGACUGAGGCUCUAGUUUAGUUACCAACCGAUUAUCUAGAGGAGAAUUCAAACAUCAUUAUUAUGACUCUGCCUUCACCCUCCUUUGUCUCUGUAUAGCUCCAAAGAUGAAUCUGAUGUAGCAUCGCCCCGACAAAACAAAUGCAAACAAAACACUUCAAAGUCAUUGUGGGUGUACAUUUUGGAGUUUAAAUGACUAAGAGGUAGAAGAAAAAAGCUUUAAAAAGUGCUCCAGCUGCCGUUUCGCAGAUUUCAGGACAGGAUGUUGCUCCACUUCUCCCUGUCUUUGAUGGUUGGGGUCCAGUAGCUCCUCAGUCUGAGACAGAAAUUUACCAUUUUGCCACAGUGUCAACAGGCAGAGAGGAAGCGUGCCAGACUCCUGUUCAUAAAUGAUUCAUUAAGAUGUAUGUAACCAGGUUGUCUGUGGCACAGCUUUCGUAAUUGUUAAUGGGUUUGGACCUAUGAGAAUGAAGUAUUCAACAUUGGCAGGUAAUAACAACGGAUGACAGUGCUUUUUAAGGGGCAACUGUUCUCCUCAAACCCACCAGACUCCACUGAUAAGAAUGAUUUUUUACCUUCCUGAACAUGUGAGUUUAAGGUCAGCUGCUAACUCAGCUUGUAACGUUCAUUGAGUUUUUCACAAACGCUUAGUUGUGCCAGAAUUAAAGUUUUUAACACCAAAGUCACAAGAUUAACAAACCAAAUUAACAACAGUAGCUCAGCGAUCCUUCUGCUUUACGAGAUAAAAUCGCUGAGUGUUUGUCAAGUCUUGUUGCUUUAAGCUGAGUGAUGUGUUGAUCAAAUGUGUUGAUACUUUGAUCAAACUACUGUACCCUGAAAAUUUACAUUGAAAUCAUGGUAGCUGAAGUGGACUACUGGAGCAUUACUGAAGGUUUUUGUACCAAGAAGUCAUUUAGACCUCAAAAUAAAUCAAAAGCAGCCCAAGUAAGGAAUUCCCCAUUCACUAAACUGCAUAUUUUUUGAGGAGGAGCUGAAAAAGUCGGGCUUUGAUACUAUUUUGAACCCAGAUCCCUCGCUGACAGGUCUCCACUUCAGUGACACUAAAGAGAAAACUCUCCUCUUCGUUUGUACUGUUCGUCUAGCAGAUUUACACCCAUGAACUCCUCUUAAAAUCUAUCUAGGGACAAUCUUUUUUGUGAGGGCGGUGACCCUGCUGCCCGUUUGGUACUGUAAAAGUGUGUCGCUCUCGUGUCGUCGUGGUCUUUGUGCUCCAGGCCCUGCUGUGUGCUCCUCUGUGUCUGUGUUCAGGCGUCAAAUUGUACUGUUACAAAACCUUAAUGAAACUGAAACUUAUUUACUUAUAGUUGUCUGUGUCAACUACUCUCACCCAUCACUGGCCCUACAGUAUGUUUUUUAUAAUAUAUAUUAUGCACUACUUUUCUAUUCCCCCCACCUGUUUUACUUCUUCUCCACCCCCAUCCUUCCCCCCUGAGUGAUUUCAGUGCAGAAUCCUCCACCUAUUUAUAAUCUACAGAUGAUUUAUUAAAUUUUUAUUUUUUCAUGAUUACUUAUUUAAGAUGUAGCGUGAAGCAGUGGUCUUAAGUUAUCUAUAUAUUCUGUAUGAGUAGAGGAGGAAUCCAAUAUGUUCUAAUAUAUUCUGAUGUAGUCUGGAUGUUGUGAGGACGGCGUGAUAACAGAGCGAGCUCCCGCCGUCCUCUCGUGGCUUUAUGUUCUCAUGAUACGAACAUGUUUGAAUAUCGUCACCUGUAACACUUGACUCGUGCUGUUUUAUUGUGAGGUUCUAUUUCUAUGUUGAACACUGUUACUUUGUUCUGUACGUGUCUUUGUUUUUGUAAAAAUCAUAUUUAUUUCACUAUUUUUGUAGAGGAAAAAACUAUUUGAUUUUGAUUGUAUUUUUCUAUUUAAAUGAGAUUAUUACACAGUUUAUUUCCCCUCCCCUCUCUUGUGCUAGUCAUGUCCAAAAGUUCUGUUCAGAGACAAAGAAUCACAUCAUUCUCAUCUGAGUUUUUGAUAUAUAUUCUUCUUUUGAUACACAUUGAUGACACAUUUCAUUUGAAGGAAGGAAACAUGAAGGUUUUGUUCUAUUCUUGGAAGACACUUGAGAUUCUCCCCUGUUGCAUCGAGGCCUCGGCUGCCUGUCCUCGUAGAUGCUCUGAAACUUGAAUAUAACACAUUUUGAAAGGCUGACUAACCUCGAAUCUGUGUUGUGAUGUGCAAUACUGUUUCUAAUGUUUGUAUAAAAGUAAGAACUACAGUGUAAACCUUUUUAAUGCAGAUUUAUUUUUUUCAUUGCAUAUUUUGCAGAUUUCUGAUCCACAGUGUCAUUUUUUACUGUCAGAAAAAUAAAACCCCGUUUUUUCAUUGCGACUAUUUUUAAAUCCAGAUAUCUUUGUACUGAUGUAAAUGAUUGUAGUUAUUUUGGAUAGUGUUUUGCUAACAAAAGGAGAGACUUUUUCAUGCAUAUUUCUAUUUCAUUUCAUCUUGUUUUUUCCCACCUUUUGUUUCAUUUACUAGUAGCAGAUUUCUUGGAAUAAUUUUUCAUAUUUAAAUGUCAUUGGUAUUAUUUUGUAUUUUUAUGUGGAAAUACAUUAUAUAUAAAUUUAAGAUGCUAAUUGCUAAUAUAUUAUUUUGAGUUUAAUUAUUUUUAAAGCUAAAUAUUUGUAAUUUUAUUGUUAAAGUGGCUAAUUUCUAAAUCAGAGUUUGUGUAUAGAUUCACAAAAGUGGUUUAUGAGGUGUUUGGAUUGUAAUUAUUACUGAAUGGUUCUUUGAUAUGCAAAAUGAAUAUCAUGUUUAUUUUUAUUUUUGUUGGUUUUGUAUUUAAAUGGGGUGUUGAUUACAAUCUUUUUUUUUUCUUUCACUUCCUGAAUAAAGACCCAUUCUGUUUGGACACAA